ACACUCUGCUUCUGCUGUGUGUGGUUUGCUGUUCGAAUGCUGUUUUUUUUUUACUUUUGUUGUCGCUGGGUGAGCUCACGAUUCGAUUUUGGAUCUUCGUUUUGUUUUGGUUUGAAUUUUGAAGCUAAAUGAAAACCUUUUUGCAUUUGAAUAACGACGAUAAUAACAUCUUUUUAUCUUCAAAAAAUAUAAAAUCUUUUUAAUUUAAUCAAGAGAAAAUGUCAUUAGCUUCAUGUGAAUCACCUAUUCACGAACAACAACAACAACAACAAGAUGAUGAUGAACAACAACAACAACAAAAAUUUCCAUCCAAAGGUACAACAUAUGAUGAUGAAGAAUUAGAUUUUGAAGAAGAAGUUCCAUCAAAUAAAUCUCCAAAAAGUGAUGAUGAAGAAGAAGAAGAUUUGGAUGCGGAUGAUAAUCAAUCAAUUUCAAACAAACCAACAAAAACAUUAUUGGCAGCCAAUAAUAAUAAUAAUAAUCGUCGUGAAAAAGAAAAAGAUGAAGGUGAAAUUGAUUCCGAUGAUGAAUUAGAAGAAGGAGAAGUAAAAGAAGAUUUAACCGAUGAUGAUGAUGAUGGUAAUGAUAAUCAAAAAACAGAACAAACGGCUGCCGAUGCUAAUGAUUCUGUUGAUAAUUCUUCUUCGUCGGUAAAACCGUCCAUUGAAAUUUCAACAACAAAUACCAACAACAAUGUAAAACGACCAUUAUUACCACAAGAAAGAAAAAGUUAUUAUAAUCAACAACAACAACAACCUUAUUAUUACAACAAUAAUAAUAAUAAUCGUUAUUUGAAUCAACCACGAAUCGAUCGUUAUGGUAAUCAAAUUAUUCGAACAAAAGAACCGAUUCUAACAUUACCAUUACCAGCACCGAUUGUCCAUAAAUCAAAAAUACAACAACAACAAUCUACUGAAUCGGCUUGGGAACGUGGAUUGAAACAAGCACGUGAAUUAAUUUCACGUGCAUCCAAACGUAAAGAAGUGGAAGAAGAUUUUGAUAAUAAACGUCAUAAUUUAUCAGUUAAAAAUCAAGAACCGUUUGAUGAUGAUGAACGAUCUGGAUCUCCAACAGUUCCUCCUGAACUUUCAUCUUCAUCAACAUCAUUGAUUGCCAAUAAUCCUACUUCAUUGAUGAAACGUCGUCGACAUUCACAUUCCUCAUCGGAAGAUGAAAUGGAACGUAGACAUAGAUUAGCAUAUGAUGCUGCACCAUGGAAUAAUCCACGUGAAUUUGGUUCACAUUCAUCUGGCCAGCCACCAUAUUCAUCAUCAUCAUCAAAUUAUCGUUCACGAACUAAUUAUAGUUCACAAUAUAGCCGAUCGAUUGGAGCAAAUGAUUCAUAUCGUGAUCCAUGGCGACGAUCAAAAUCUCCACAAUCUCGACAAUCAUCAUAUAAUCGUAAUCGAGAUGUACCUGCAGAUGCACGAUAUGGAGAAACAUUGUAUAAUAAAAAAUUAAGCGCCGAAAAUCGAUCCGAAUCAAUGUCAUCAUUAUCAUCAAUUUGUUCAUCAUCAUCAUCAUCAUCACCCGAAUCAAAAUCAAGUCAUAGUAGCCGAAAAUUACCUUAUAGCCGACCAAGUUCAGAUUCACGUAGCCGUUUUAUGGAUAAUGAAACAUACAGCCAACAUAGUAGUAACAAAUCAAAAGGUGGUUUCACUAGAAUACCUAAAAAAAUCAAUGCUUCAUCAGACGUUAUCAGAAAAGAUGAUGAUGAUGAUGAUAAUCAUUCAAUAAAAUCAUUUGAUUCUUGGUCAGAAUCAUUAUCCGAUUCGGAUAGUUAUUAUUCGGUUUCGGAUUCCGAUGCAAGUGAUGGUGGUGGUGGUCAUAGGCAUACAAAAGAUUCUAAACAUUCUAAACACAUUAGUAGCGCUAGAUUAUCAUCAAAUAAAGCAUUGCGAAAUCCAGAUUUACCAUCAUCAUCAUCGACAAAAUCACAUCAUCAUCAUCAUCAUCAUGAAACAAUUAGAAAUAGUAAGCAAUCUUCAUCCAACAAAAGUGACCAUGCUGCUGUGGCUGCAACAAGAAAAGAGACAAAUAUUAAAAAAUCUAAAGCCGAUAUGGCCGGUAAAGUACCGAUAAAAAUGACUUUUAUGAAAAAGCAACAAUCAUUAAAACAAGAUACUAUCAUUAAUGAACAAUUAAAUGGAGGUAAUGUAUCUGAUGAUUUAGAUGAAAAUUCAUCAUUAUCUAGAAUUAGCCAAAAAAGUAUGUCACGAAGUAAUAAAUCAUUAUCAGAUGAUGAUGAUGAAAUGAUUGAAGAUAAUCAAAAUGAAUUAGAAAAUAACAAUGAUAAUGAUGAUGAUGAUACUACAUUUUCAAUUAAAUCAUCAACGGAAAAAGAAACAACAACUGUCAUCAAACAUCAUCGUCGAGAAGAAUUAUUAAUGAAAUUAAAAGCUGUUGAAGAAGCUAUUGAAAGAAAAUUGAGUUCUAAAAAUUAAUUAAUAUUAAUAAUAAUCUACCACUACUAAUGAGUUUUCACCAUUCAUAUUGGACAAGAUAAUUUGUGCGAAUAAUUUUACCU